AUGGCUGAUCCAGAUUCGCCUUCAAAUCAUAUGUCUGCAGUUGAUGAUGUACAACAAACAUCAUCAAUUCAACAAGAAUCAACAGCUAAUGAUUGGCCAUGGUCAACGGAUGAUCAACAGCAACAAAAUGCAAUAGAUUCUAGUGGUUUAAUGCAUUUAAUUGCCACAGGUGGUGGUACAACUGUUGAUGAUAAUAAUCCGAAUGAUGAAUCUGUUGGUGUUAUACAAACAAAUGAACAAACAAAUGAUGAACAAGCAGUAACAUCACAUGAAGAACCAAUUGAUGAAGGAAUAUCUGAAGAUGAACAAUCACAAUUACCUCUUGUUACUGUACCUUCGUCAUCUUCUGUACCAAUGGAUACAGAUCCUCAAAUAACACCAGCAGAUAUUGAUCAACCUCAGCCGCAACAACAACAGCAACAACAAUCACAACCAGUUAAAACUCAACAUGAUAUAGCUGAAAUUCAUCGUGAUAUGUUAACACUUAUACCUAUUCCACAAGCAUGGUCACAUAUACGACAUCAAUCAGGUCUUUUUUCCUAUCCUGAUUUACCACAUUUUAAUGUUAUACGUCAAGCAACAUUUCGUGAUGGACGUUUUGUUUGUCCAUUUUGUACAGUUGAUUUUGCUUCAAAAGAAGGCAUACGUUAUCAUUUAUUUAAUUCAUGUACAAAAUCUCCCUAUCCAAAAGCUUUUUUUCGUUGUUUAAUGUGUGGAAGUGAAUUAGCUGAUCGUAGUUCAUUACGUACACAUUUAGCUCGACAUGGUACAGAAGAUGGUAGUACAAUAUCAGCAGAUAAAAUUGAUGUAUCACGUAAACCAGCUGUUUCUACACCUGGUGGAACGCCAAAUUCAAAAAAAUCGAAGAAAAAAAAGAAAAAUACAAAUGAUUUAACACCACCACAAAUGAUUAAUCCAAUGAUUGCUAUGACAUCGAGUGUAUCACCACAUGGUAUUGAUACUUAUAAUAUUCCGCCAACAAUGAUUAAUCAACAUAUGUCAUUACCAAUAAUAAAAUCUGAACAAAAUGAUAAUGAUCCAAAACGUAAACGUGGUCGUCCACCAAAAACAAAAUCAUCCGAUGGACCAACACCAAUAGCAAGUUAUACAAAACAUCCAGUUGUUAAUCCUACUGGUCUAUCAUUAACUACAACAAUGAAUAAUCCAGUUAUUAUUAAUGAUCAACUUAUGAAAAAUGAUCCACUUAAAACUACUGCGAUGCGAUCACCACGUGGAGUUGAUAUCAGCAGUGAAUUAGCUGAAUUAGCUCGUUCAAGAAUGAGAGAACAUAUUGAAUUUGCAACUGAUUCUUUACUACCUGAACAAGAACAAGAAAUCAACGCACGUUUACGUACAGAAGGUUUUAUUAAUUGUCAUCGAUGUCGAGGAAAAACACAAUUUACAGCAUUAAAAAAAUUAAAAGAACAUUUGAAAACUGAUUGUCCAUUAGGACCUGUUAUGGCUAUAUGUAAAUUUUGUGGUAUUCCAUUUUCGUCUGUUAGUAGUGUUUGUGAUCAUCUUGAACUUUAUCAUGAUGAUUCACAUGAUGUAUGUCCAGAUGAUCCAUGUCGUGUUAAUGAUCGAGCAUUUCGUGCUGCUUUUGCUCGUUAUAAAUUUCCAAUUAAUGGUCGUAUACCAUUUUCAGCACCAUCAACAACAAUUGGACAACUUGUACCUGAAAAUGAAUCAGCUGCAUGUUUAAGUAAUGGUGCUAGUUGUUUACGUGUUCGAAUGCUUUCAUGCGAUCGAUUUCUCAAUCCAUUAGAUAGUUUUGCUGCUUCACAUGUUAUUGUUUUAAAUGUUGGCCGUCCUAUACGUUGUAUUGAAUGGUUACCACGUGCUGUUGAUGUUAUCGGUAGUCAAUAUGUUGCCUUAGCACUUGAACAAUGGUCUUAUGAUGCUAACAAUCAAUUACAUCCGAAUUAUGCAAAUGCUGAACGUCGUUCACCACCAGGUUCAACAUUACUUUUAAUACUUAAUUGUGGACGUUUAAGACAAAGUUUACAUGUGCCGAAUUUACAUGUUACUGUUGCAGCAGAUUUUGGUCAAGUUACAUGUUUAAAAUGGUUACCUGAUCGUCCAACAAUAAAUGAUCCGUAUUUAAGUUAUUUAGCUAUUGGUACAAGUCAAGGAAUUGUAUUAAUAUUUGGUGUUCCACACGGUGCAUCGAGAAAUUUAUGUACAAUAAGUAGUGGUGCACAACUUGUUCCUCCACUUAAUCGACGUAAAGAUGGUAGUAUUGGUUGUGCAGAAUAUGGUUCAUGUACAGCACUUGAUUGGUGUCAUGAAAAUCCAAAUAAAUUAUGUGCGGGAUAUGAAAAUGGUAUUGUACUUAUGUGGGAAGUUAAUUCGAAAUCACUCGUUGAACAAACAACAAAUUGUUCAUUAAUUUAUCCUGUACGACGAUUUUUUGUUGAAGACACACCAAUACAAGAUGUAAAAUUUUUAAGAAAUUCUGAACAUUUAAUUGCAAUUAGUUUAAAAAAUAAACAAUCUUGGACAGUAUGGACAACUCGAGAUGAAAAUAUUUUUUGUUAUCGUCAUUGGUCAAAUUCAAGUGAAUUUGCAUCAUCAGUACUUAAUGAUACAUUAUAUGCUGGUUGUGCACAUGCAAAUAAUCAAAAUGAAUUACUUUCGGUGCCUAUACAUUCAAUAUUAUUACCGGGUCAAAAUGUUCCUAAUCAGUUACAAACAUCGAUGUUAUCAGCGUGGCAAAUUGUGAGUUUAGAUUAUUCUGAAUGGAUUGAUGCUGUUGGUUAUGCUGAUCUUGAUGGAACGGUUUGGGUUGCACGUGGAGAUUCAUCAACUUGGGCUCAAAAUAAUCCGAAAUUUCGACCGAGUACAUGUGUGGCGAAAUUAUCAACUUAUUUAACAGGUGCAACUGGUGCACAAGCUGGAAAUCUAACAGAUCCUGUUACUAUGCAACAAUACAAUCAAGGUCCAACAGGACAAUAUUGUGUUCAAAUUGCUAUUGAACGAACGGAAUAUGCAAGUAAUAAUGUUGAUCCCCAACAUGAUGAAACUCAUAAAGUGCAUACAUAUCGCAAAAUUCGAUUUAAUCCAAAUCCAGGUACACAUGGUUGGAUAGCAUCAGCUGACAAAGUCGGUUUAUUUUUAUUAUUUCGAUUAUCAACAUCAGAUUCAACAUUAUCAGAAAAAUUAACUCAACGUCUUCAACGUGUGCAAGUUUUGUGA